AUGAAUAAUCAUUGUUCAUAUUUAUCCUGUAUUCAUCAUCACUUUCUUCUUCUUCCUCUUCUUCUUCUACUUUGUCUAUCAGUUAUUCCAUUAUGUUAUAGUCAAAAUGGAUACUAUAUUACUCAACCAACACUAACACAAAUUACUCCACUUAAUUCCACUGCAUUCACAAUAACAUGGCAAUUUGCAAACUCAUCCUUUGAUCAAUCUGAUCUUAUUCUUAUUUAUAUUGGUAUUUUUGCAUUUUAUAAUGGUUAUAAUUCAACAUGGGAUACAACUAAUUAUACAUUUACAACGAAUAAAACUAUAACUAGUUUAACAAAAAACUAUGAUUUUGUGAAUGCUUUUUAUCUUGUUUGUUUUUCAUCCAAUUCAACACUAACAAAUGUCACUCAAUUUGUUGCUCUUUCAACAUGUCAACUAACAAGAACAUGUACAAGAUCAAACUCAUCAGUUUGUCCAAAAGCAUCUUUUAUCACUGUUUUACCAACACAAAUCUCAUCAAACUCAUUUAUUAUUACUGUUUAUUUGUUAAAUAGUUUACCCUAUACACUCACUUCAACUCAAGUACAAUUAAUCAAUACAAAUACAUAUGGAACACAAACAGGUACAACAUAUAAUACUACAUAUAUCAUACAAUCAUUUCUAUUCUCUAAUCAACAACCAAAGACAACUUAUACAGUUAAUACAAUUGUUAAUUAUACUAUUUUUACUACUACGAUAGCUGAAACUUAUAAUUUCACAUUAACAACAUCUCGUUCAUCAAUUCUUGUUUGUACCAGUGAUAGAUUUAUCUUCGGUGCUUCUAUUUUCGCUAUUUUAUUAAUGAAAGUUUUUUAA